AUGCUUCAUCAAACUUUAUAUUUAUACACAUCUAAAGAUGAGUUUGUUCUCGUUCCUGAAAGCAAAUCAGGAAGCUUACUUGUGAUUGACCGGCUAAAUGGAAAAUUGAAUUUACAUCAAAGAGAUACUUAUCCUAUUCCAAUAAAUCAUGAAAUCCUUCGUAUUUAUGGAAUUCUUGGGAUAAUACGGUUAAAAUAUGACAAAUAUUUAAUUAUUAUAACAGAAAGAGAAAUUGUUGGAAAAAUUGAUCAAAACGAUAUAUUUCGGAUUAAAUCAGUUCGUCUUAUGUCUUUAAAAAACAAAUAUAAAGAUCAUGAAGAAGUGGAAUAUCUUAAUUUAAUAAAAAAACAUUUAAAAACAGGAACAUUUUAUUUCUCAUAUACAUUUGAUAUAACAAAUACAAUACAAAGGCAGAUAGUAUUAAAUACUAAAUCUCCAUCAUGGGAAAUUGCGGAUGAACGAUUCUUCUGGAAUAAGUUUAUUCAGUCCGAUUUGAUUGGCUUAAGAGAAUCUUCUCAUUCUGAUAUAGAUAACUAUAUACUACCAGUUAUCUAUGGAUUUGUAAAAAUUACUCGUAUAGCAAUUAAGAAUCAUUUUUUAACUAUUCUAUUAAUAUCAAGACGCUCUAGAUUUAGGGCAGGAACAAGAUAUUUUUCUAGAGGAAUUGAUGAAGAUGGGAAUGUUUCAAAUUUUAAUGAAACUGAGCAGAUUGUUUUAUUUGAAAAUACAAAUAAACUUUCAGGUGUUACUAAGCAAUUAAAAUUAUCAUUUGUUCAAAUACGGGGAAGUGUUCCAAUAUUCUGGGCAGAAAUAAAUAAUUUAAAAUAUAAACCGAAAUUACGCGUUUUUAAUAUUAAUGAUUCUGUUAACUCGGCACGAUUGCAUUUUGAUAAGCAAAUUAGAAUUUAUGGGGAUCAAAUUAUUGUGAAUUUAGUUAAUCAACAUGGACGUGAAUAUAAUAUUAAGGCUGCUUAUGAGGAAAUUAUUAAGAUUUUAAGUGAUCCUAAGAUAAAAUAUUUUUAUUUUGAUUUUCAUCAAGAAUGUAAAAAAACGAGAUGGCAUAGAGUUCGAAUUUUAAUAGACCAGCUUAUACCAUACCUUAAACAAAAUUAUUGUUAUAUUGAUUGUUCUGAUCAAAUAUUCCCAAUUUAUUUUCAAACAUCAAUAGUACGCACAAAUUGUAUAGAUUGUUUGGAUCGUACAAAUGUUAUACAAUCUGCAUUAGCAAGAUGGGUAUUAACUAAACAAUUAAAUGAUAUCGGAAUUUUCAAUGAUUAUGAAAAUAUUGAGGAUUAUCCAGAUUUUGAUCACUUAUUUAGAAAUAUGUGGGCGGAUAAUGGAGAUUUUAUAAGUAUUUCUUACUCUGGCACAGGAGCUUUAAAGACAGAUUUUACAAGGACCGGGAAACGUACGAAAAGAGGAGAAUUUCGCGAUUUAAUUAAUUCUAUUAUACGAUAUUUUCAAAAUAAUUUUACUGAUGGGUCUCGUCAAGACAGUUUUGAUUUAUUUCUUGGAAAUUAUUUACCAUAUCAAGCCGGAAAAAUUUCUUUACCCUAUCAUAGAUCAUUAUUUAUAAAAUAUAUCCCAUAUGUUUUAUUUUUUUCUAUUUUCAUGAUUUUAGCUAAAAUAAUUUUACCUGGUUUAGAAAAUAUUAUUAUUUCUCCUCAUAUUUUCUUGACCUUUUGGUUCUUUGUACUCAUAUGCUCGGCUUAUUUUAUAAUAUCUAAUGGUCUAUAUUAUGUAAAUUGGCCAAAAUUAGUUCCACCUGAAUUUCUGAAAUAUAAAAAAAUUUAA